AUGAACUCCUCUCGUCUGAUUCUUCACCAAGCAUUGCCAUGGUUGCUCUUAUUAUUACUGGGAAUCACCAGGGUAGUAGUUGCAGAAAAUGAAGAAUAUCAGACCUACAUCAUUCACAUGGAUCACUCCCACAAGCCUGAAUCUUUCUCGACUCACGAGUCAUGGCACCGUCACAUCCUGAGAUCAUCUUCACCACCUAAUGUUGAUGAUAAAGAUACGUUGUUGUACUCCUACAGCCAUGGCUUGAAUGGUUUUAGCGCCAGACUCACUUCUUCUCAACUCUCCGAGAUUCAAAAAUCCCCGGCUCAUGUUGCAACAUAUCCGGAGACCUUUGGUAAGCUCUACACCACUCACAGCCCCCGUUUUCUUGGGCUGAAACAUGACUUCGGCCUAUGGCCAAAUGCAUCAUAUGGUGAAGGUGUAAUCAUAGGAGUCAUCGAUACAGGGAUUUGGCCGGAAAGUGAGAGCUUUAGUGACAAGGGGAUGCCACCAGUACCACAGAGAUGGAAAGGAAAGUGUGAAAAUGGCACUGGAUUUAGUCCUUCUCUCUGUAACAAAAAGCUCAUCGGGGCUCAAUAUUUUAACAAAGGUAUAUCAGCUGUUGCUGGACAUAUCAAUGAGGUAUUGGACUUCAACUCACCGCGUGACUUCAGUGGACAUGGAACCCACGUAUCAUCCAUUGCUGCAGGUAAUCAUGUAGAUGGUGUGAGUCACUUUGGAUAUGCAAGAGGCACAGCCAAAGGAGUAGCGCCAAGAGCACAUGUUGCCAUGUACAAGGUCUUCUUUUCACACGCAGAUUCAAAAAAUAGUGCUGCAAGUGAUGUUCUUGCUGGUAUGGACCAAGCAAUUGCUGAUGGAGUGGAUAUCAUGUCAUUGUCUCUUGGUUUUGAGAAUACCGCUUACUUCAACGAUGUUGUUGCCAUAGCUUCUCUUUCUGCAACCGAGAAAGGAAUUAUAGUUGUAGGGUCAGGUGCUAAUGAGGGAAUUUAUAAUUCAACACAUAAUGGAGCUCCUUGGAUCACAACAGUUGGCGCGGGCACUCUUGAUAGAAGUUUCAAUGCCAGAAUAACUCUAGAAAGUGGGUUGAUUUUUGAAGGAAUAUCUUACUAUCCAGAAAGUUUAUAUAUCACAAAUAAACUUCCAUACUGGAACCAUACCGAUGCUUCUACAGCGGCAUGCAAAACAGCGACACUGAAUCAAACAGAGGUACAAGGAAAUAUAGUCUUUUGUGAUAGCACCAAUACUGACAUUAGAGAACAAACACAAGAGCUUCUCAGGGUAGGUGCGCUCUUCGGAGUAUUCAUAACGGAUAAAUCAAAUUUCUAUGCAUAUGAUUUUACCAUGCCCAGCAUAGUUCUUAAUACUAGUCACAUGAACUCCGAUGGAAACAUCGAUACGACGACAGGGAUGAAAAGUGUGCAGUUUGUAUUGACCACCUUAGGUACAAGAGCAGCGCCUGAGGUGGCCUCUUUCUCUUCAAGAGGGCCUGAUCCUAUCACUCCCGGCAUCCUAAAACCAGAUAUUAUCGCUCCAGGAGUCGAUGUUCUUGGAGCAUUCGUCCCAAAUAUUCCGUACAUGAUGCUACCAAACUAUGCUUUGGCCACAGAUUAUGCAUUGCGCUCAGGCACAUCAACGGCAGCACCUCAUGUUGCUGGAGUGGCAGCUUUAUUGAAAGCUGUACAUCCUGAAUGGAGUCCUGCAGCAAUCCGAUCAGCUCUCAUGACGACAGCGCAUACCGUUGAUAAUACUGGCAGAAGAAUCGGAAGCCAAGGUUUUGCAAGCUAUCCCAGUUCACCUCUAGAUUUUGGCGCAGGCCACAUUAACCCAAACCAAGCUAUGGAUCCUGGACUAAUCUAUGACUUGGGUCCCCAAGAUUAUAUUGAUUUCUUAUGCGGCAUCGGCUAUAGUACUCAACAAAUGAGUGCUGUACUUAGAAGAAAUCAGUGGAAUUGCCAAGCAAUAGCAGCUUCUGAUCUAAAUUACCCUUCCUUUAUUGGUGUUUUAAGCGAUGAAGAGAAUAUAAAGAACUUCACCAGGGUUGUGACAAAUGUGGGCAAUGAUAGUUCCAUUUAUUUUGCGAUAGUAGAAACUCCGCCAGGAAUGGUUGUCAAAGUAUAUCCUGGUAUUCUGAAUUUCACUCAGAAAUAUCAGAAGUUAAGUUUUGUUGUGGUUCUAGAGAUCGACGAGGAAUCUUCAAAGGUGGAAUAUGGUUUUCUCAGAUGGAUUGAUCAGUGGAACCACAUAGUAGCCAGUCCCAUAGUGGCCCUCCAUUUCUAG